AUGCCGAUGUCCGGCUCGGCUGCCGAGGUCCCAAAGGCUCAGGAGCCCUUGGUCUCCCAGGCCCUGGUGACGGUGUCGCCUCCUUCUCCUGCCGCGCCAUUGUUCUUAGGUUCUUCUGCCUCCUCCGCUUCUGACGCGGCGGUCCCAGCGACGCUGAACCAGGCCGCAACGGCCUCCGAGAAGGAGAAGCGAGCCGCCGCACAGGCUGCGGCUGAUCGCAAGGCGGCGUUAAAGGACGCCAAGGCCACCCACGACCGGUGCCGGGCGCUGGAGGACGAGCUGAAGGGCCUGCGCGAUGAGCAUGCAGAAGAAGCUCGUGGCCGCCGAGCGAAGGAGGAGGAGAUGAGGGCCGCCGAACGCGGCCGACUGGAGGAGCUGGAGCGGAAGGUGGAGGCGAAGAAGGUCGAUCUUGAAGCCAAGGCGAAGAUCCUGGAUGAGGACCACGCGGCCUUCGCGCUUCUCGAGAAGAGGUCCCGCGAGGCUCUAAAUGUCCGCCUCGACGCUGCCCUCUGGCUCGACGGCCCCUGCGGCCUCCCCCGCCUGCCCGGCGUCCGCGCCGGCCUCCGCCGCCCCAUCGCUGCUGUCGCCCGGUGGGUCGGCCACGAUUGCGGACUCGGCUCCCGCAGCGCCGCCCUCCGCCGCACCUCCGUCGCGGCCUCGACACCUUCUGGCGCAUCCUCACCGGUGGCUGCGGGCUCACCACAUGCGGGCUCCGACACUGCAUACCUGCUCCUCUACGUAGAUGACAUCAUCCUGACGACAUGUACGGCUGGCCUCCUCAGUCAGAUCACUGAUCAUCUUCGCGCUGAGUUUGCCAUCAAGGACUUUGGUCCUUUGCACUACUUCCUUGGUGUUGGGGUGGUGCGUCAUCCUGAUGGCUUCUUCCUUCACCAGCGGAAGUACGCUCAUGAGCCUCUCGACUGUGCUGGCAUGCUUAAUUGCAAGCCCGCCGCCACGCCUUACCUCGCCCUCUCUCGACCGGAGCUCCAGUACGCAGUUCAGCAGGUGUGUCUUCACAUGCAUGCUCCUCGGGAUGUUCAUUGGGCCGCUGUCAAGCGGAUUCUCCGCUAUAUCUGUGGCACUAUGGAUCUCGGCAUCAUGUUGCACGCCUCCACCGACACCGUCCUCACCGCAUACUCCGAUGCUGACUGGGUCGGCUGCCCCGACACCCGUCGCUCCAGUUCGGGCUACUGUGUUUUCCUUGGACCAUCGCUUAUCUCGUGGUCGUCCAAGCGGCAGCCUACGGUCUCCCAUUCCAGCACUGAGGCUGAGUAUCGCGCUGUGGCGAACGUCGUCACUGAGUGCUCGUGGCUUCGUCAGCUGCUCCAGGAGCUUUCAUGUCCUGUCGACAGGGCAACGGUGGUCUACCGCGACAACGUCUCGGCUGUCUACCUCUCCGCCAACUCGUACUUCGAUGAGAAAGCGAAAGAAGAUCCAGAUUUCUUCUACAGGAUAAGAUUGGACGAUGAGGACCGUGUAAGGAACAUGUAUUGGGUGGAUGGUGCUGCAACAAGAGCCUACAAACAUUUCCGAGACUGCAUUUCAUUCGACGCGACAUAUCUCACUAAUAUGUACAAGAUGCCAUGCGCUCCAUUCAUAGGAAUAAAUAACCACAAUCACUCAUUGCAGUUCAGAUGCGGGCUCGUUCGGAACGAAGACACAUAUGGGUACACUUGGCUGUUCAAGACCUUCUUGGAGUGCAUGGGUGGACUUGCUCCGAUGAGCAUAAUAACAGACCAGGAUUUUAGCAUGCGUGCAGGCAUAGAGGUCUUUCCGUUGCCAGUGCACAGGCACUGCAGGUGGCACAUUAUAAAGAAGGCUGAGGAGACGCUAGGACCGUUCUUUGCUGACCGUCCAGAGCUGCACAAGGCAUUUGAGCUGUGCAUGGACCACAGCUUGACGGUGGAGGAGUUUGAAAGGAGCUGGAUGGCUAUGAUUGAAACAUAUCAAACUACACAGCACAACGAGGGGUUCAAUGCUGUUUUGAAGCGGUACGUGAGCCCUGGCAACUCAUUGCUACAGUUUGCCAAGCAGUGCACCGCUUUGCAACAAAAAAUACUGGGAUCCGAGCUACAGCAAGAAGCAAACACCGCGCUCAAGCAGCCAAAAUUGCUAACGUAUUUACCAAUGGAGAGGCAGAUGAGCAAGAUAUACACCAACAAGAUUUUUAACAAAUUCCAGGAAGAAAUAAAGCGUGCCACCAUGUACACGGCUUUCCAGGUGGACGAACAUAUGUUCAAGGUGUGUUCUAUCCUGGGCAUGUCGGAUUCAGAACCUGAAGACCCGGACAAGGGAAGGAACUACUUUGUGAAGGCAUCGAUAAGCGAAGGCGAAUACUACUGCCAAUGCUGCAAAUUCGAACGGGACGGCAUUGUGUGCUGUCACAUACUAAAAGUAAUGGACAUGAACGCGGUGACACGAAUGCCCCGCCAUUUCAUAAGGCGGCAAUGGACUUGGGACGCUGACGAUGCAUUGGCGCCGCAAACAUCAAAUGCAGUUUUGGCUGUGCAUGACGAGAGACCAGAGUCAACCAUGGAAGCCGUGAGGCACAUUGUGUUGACAAAGAACUAUGCUGAACUAAUUGAUGAAGCGUGCAAGAGUGAUGAGACAGCGAGGGUCGCAAAAAAACACAGGAAGGCCCUCAAAAGAGAGCUUGAUGAGAUCAAGAAGAGGAAAGCUGAGGAAGCCUUACACAGGUUCCCCUGCACAUCAAGUGUGCCUUCAUCCACGGGGCCAUCAUCUGAAAACUCGGAGGUAGGAUCUGGAACAGCAAGCACAGAAACCCAGAUGUUCUAA